CACCCAGCGGCUCCGGGAGCCAGGGGAGGGAGAGCACGGGCGGGGGGAGCCGGAGCCCGGCGCGGCCGCCGCCGAGGCUUCCAGUCUCUCUGGCUCGCGCAGCGGCGGCAGCAGAGGUCGCGCACAGAUGCGGGUGAGACUGGAGGGGGGAGGCGGCGGAGGAGGGAAGGAAGCUGCAUGCAUGAGACCCACAGACUCUUGCAAGCCGGAUGCCCUCUGUGGAUGAAAGAUGUAUUAUGGAAUGAACCCGAGCCAUGGAGAUGGAUUUCUAGAGCAGCAGCCGCAGCAGCAGCCUCAGUCCCCCCAGAGACUCUUGGCCGUGAUCCUGUGGUUUCAGCUGGCCCUGUGCUUCGGCCCUGCACAGCUCACGGGUGGUUUCGAUGACCUUGAGAUGUGUGAUGACCCAGGUGUCCCCAAGAAUGGCUUCAGGGAGCCCAGCGAAGGGGUUUUCUUUGAAGGCUCUGUCGCCCGAUUCCAUUGCGAAGACGGAUUCGCGCUGAAGGGCUCUGCAAAGAGACUGUGUAUGAAGUAUUAUAAUAGCACCCUAGAAUGGAUCCCAAGUGAUAAAGCCAUCUGUGUGGAAGAAGGUUGCCACUUUCCUUAUAUCGAAGAUGCUGAGAUUUAUAACAAGUCCUACAGAAUCGGAGAUAAGCUAAUCAUCACUUGUCAUGAAGGAUUCAAGAUCCGAUACCCCGACGUCUAUAACUUGGUUUCACUGUGUGGCUAUGAUGGAAGUUGGGACAAUCUGCCCACCUGUCAAGGCUGCCUGAGACCGCCCGCCUUUUCCAACGGCUACGUGAACAUCUCUGAGGCCCAGACCUCCUUCCCCGUGGGGACCGUCAUCGCCUAUCGCUGCUUCCCGGGGUUUAAACUCAAGGGGUCAGAGUAUCUGGAGUGCUUGCACAACCUCAUCUGGUCGUCUAGCCCACCCCAGUGCCUUGCUCUGGAAGUAUGUCCGCUGCCUCCCGUGGUGAGUCACGGUGAUUUCAUCUGCCACCCGCGGCCUUGCAAUCGCUACAACCACGGCACCGUCGUGGAGUUCUACUGCGACCCCGGCUACAGCCUCACCAGCGACUACAAGUACAUCACCUGCCAGUACGGGGACUGGUUUCCUUCCUAUCAGGUCUACUGCAUCAAGUCAGAGCAAUCGUGGCCCAACACCCAUGAGACCCUCCUGACCACGUGGAAGAUCGUGGCGUUCACGGCAACCAGCGUCCUGCUGGUGCUGCUGCUCGUCAUCCUGGCCAGGAUGUUCCAGACCAAGUUCAAGGCCCACUUCCCCCCGAGGGCGCCUCCCAGGAGCUCCAGCAGUGACCCCGACUUCGUGGUGGUGGACGGCGUGCCCGUCAUGCUCCCGUCCUACGACGAGGCCGUGAGUGGCGGCAUGAGUGCCUUAGGCCCCGGGUACCUGGCCUCUGUGGGCCAGGGCUGCCCCUUACCCGUGGAUGACCAGAGCCCCCCAGCAUACCCCGGCUCAGGGGACACGGACACAGGCCCGGGGGAGUCAGAAACCUGUGACAGCGUCUCGGGCUCAUCCGAGCUGCUCCAGAGUCUAUAUUCAUCUCCCAUGUGCCAAGGGGGCCCUGCUUCUGACAACCCUGACACAGUCACCCGCACGGCGGGGGAGGUGGCCUCCACCAGCCCAGGCAUCGACAUCGCAGAUGAGAUCCCUCUAAUGGAAGAAGACCUGUAGCUAGGCCAAGUCCCCGUGACUCUCCUGCCCCUUUGGGAAGGGGACCUUGUACCUUGGAGUGAGGCCACGGAAGAACAGAGCUGGGGCAUGGGGGACGUGUUUAAUUUGUCUACAUGGGGACAGCGACUCACAUCGUACAUCAUGGACUCAACAGUGGGUCACAAACACGGACAAACUGUGGGGGCAGAUCUUUUAAAUAGGACCUGAGGAUUUGCCAAGGCCAAGGGGAACCCCCCAUGUGGGCCUGUGGGGCGCCGUCUGGUGCGUUUCAUGCUGGAACACAAGGCGGUUCCACGCAUGUGCCACUGAAUCCUGCGUCCCAUUGACUGAAGUCAUGAGUACUACCUGCCUCCUCUGAAAGCAUGUCACAUUAUGUAAAUUUGCUUCCCAAAUCUGCUUGAAACUGUCUCCGGAUUCCAAGUUAGGCUGGAUCAGCCUGUGCAGGAAGUCUGGGUUCAGCUGCAGGAAGAGCAGCAGAGCGCCCCCUGGAGGCUCCCAAAGGGAAGGUUCUCCUGCGACUUUGGGACAAUCUUCCCCUCACCUGGACACUUGUACUCACGCAAGACUAAAACGGGAUGUGGCAGUCCCGGCGAGAAAGGAAGGACUCAGGCAGACUCUGCUUUCUGGAAACUUCUUCAAAAAGUAGAGUUCAUGUACUCCGUGCUGUCCUCUGGUGAAAUAGCGUCAGUAUUUGUGUUCAUGGUCUAGCACCUGGAUUUACGGCAUUGGAUAAAUGUUGUGACUUCACACAUGGUCAGAACGUGUUCAAAUACAUCUCAUGGUGGAGAAAGUAACCAAGGUAAUGUUCUGUUACAGCAUUUUAAAAAGAUUCCACUUGACCAUUUAUCUGAGUCAUGAGCCCUCCCCAAUGAACUAUUAUGAGUGUUGUCCUCACUCCCAAACUCAGCCAUAUUUUCUUUUCCAAAACAGAAAUUGUUUCUGUAAAUACAUUCUUCCUCCAAAUAAAGUAUGAAAUUAGAUUUAUUUAUUUUUCCUUUUAUUUUG